AUGUCCUUUCUUCAACUGGCGUACACAAUGGCGCGAAGGAGAAUCGCCACGGCGUGGCGAUUGGAACUUGUGCUGUUCCUGGGCAUUCUUCUCUCGGUAGCCCUUCUCUCCAGCAGUGUAGUUUUUUCCGACCUGCUGGCCGAGGCCGCUCUGCGCCGGACCCUGCGGCAGGCCGAACCUGGAGAUGUAAACUUCUGGGUUCGGAUAUUCCUGAACCUGGAAGAACCGGCCAUAGCCAGCCAGCGAGCCUCCGUUUACCAGUCCAGCAUUGAGUUCAUCGACGACCGGGUUACCAGUGUCUUUGACCCUUAUCUUGAGGACCAUGGACGGUUGCUGGAAACCUCUACCUUUUUCUUCACCGACGACCCUCGCUUCGACGUGGAACAGGAUGCGCGGCCUCGUGGUCGCAUCCAAUACAUGACCGGUCUGUUUGAAGAAGACCGAGGCCAGUUGCUGGAAGGCCGGUGGCCUUCGGUCCCCACCGGAACCGCAGGGGAACCUAUGGAGGUGGCGAUAGAGAAGCUCGGGUCAGACCUGGUGGAACUUGCCUUGGGAGAGGAGCUUGCCAUACACCCGGCCACGGGAGAGACGGAACGCAAGAUCGUGACCAUAAAGAUCGUCGGCAUCUUUGAACGAGUCGAUCCUGAGAAUGACUUCUGGCACGGGCGCGAGCACAAUUUCAGCAACCACAACGGCGACUGGCCCACCGUUCCCAUGUUCACUACCGAAGCAACCAUCCUGCAGCGUAUAGCUACCGAGUAUCCUGGAAUCUACUCAAAUGUUACCUGGAUCUACGAUAUGAACCGGCAGGGGUUCAGCUUCGACCAGGUUGAAGACAUCCAGCGGACAAUCUGGCUGAUGCGCCGGGACGUCAUCUCCAACCUCGACAAUUCCACGGUGUCCUUGAAGCUGGACCGGCUGCUGGAUGACUAUUCCGAGCAGCUGGUGUUGUCCCGAAUUCCCUUGUUCCUGAUGGUGUUCCUGGUGGUGGGCAUCCUCGCCUACUACCUGGCCCUGGUUUCGGCCCUUACCAUUCGGUCCCGCAGUACCGAAAUUGCCCUUUUGAAGAGCCGGGGAGCCACCACGCCACAGGUCGGUCUCAUGGUCUUCGUGGAAGGGUUGCUGCUGGCAAUUCCGGCAGUGGCCGUGGGUACGUUGCUGGCUGCCCCGGUGGCCGGCGUGCUGGGGAGCCUCUUUUUUGACGUUGAGGGUGACGGAAUCUUGAUUGCCUUGUCCACCCGUGCCUUCCUGCUGGGAACGGCCGGCGCAUUGUUGUCGGUUAUAGUUUUGACUAUCUCCACGCUGGUGGCGGCAAGGCAGGGAAUAGUGGAGUUUCGCCAGGCCGGGGCCAGGCCCGCCCAGGCUCCCCUCCUCCACCGCUAUUACCUGGAUUUCCUGCUGCUGGCCCUGAUCGCCAUUAUCUGGUGGCAAAUUCAAAGCCGAGAUUCUUUCCUGCUGAGGCCAGUCGGACGCGGUGAGUUGGAAAUCGACUUCACCCUGCUGCUGGGACCGGUCCUGGGGCUCCUUGCCCUGGGGUUGAUCGUACUGCGAUUCUUCCCGCUGGUCGUGGGUCUGCUGGCGCGAGUGAUGGAGCCCCUGGGGCCGGUCUGGCUGGUCCAGGGAUUGCGGCGCGUUGGGCGUGACCCCAUUGCCCCGGGCAGCCUGGUCGUACUGCUGAUGCUGGCAACUGCGCUGGGAGUAAUUGGCAGCGCGUUUAGUUCCACCCUGCAGCGCAGCCAGGAAGACCGGGCCAGGUAUGAGGUGGGCGCCGACCUGAGAAUUCAUCACAAUGGCGGACGCCUGCCGAUAUCGUCGCUUAACCUGGAAGAGACCCACACCAGUGAUGUCCCUGGCUUGGAGCUGGUCGAGGUCUCCCGACUGACGGGGAACCUGCUUACCCAGGGUUUCAGCAGCGAGAGAUUCGAAAUGUUGGCCGUGGACACCGAAAAAUUCGACAAAAUUGCUUGGUUCAGGGAGGACUUCGCUGGCGGCAAGAGCCUGGGAUCCCUGAUGCGCACCAUAGCUCCCGAGCGCCGGAUUGCCAGCGAAAUACAACCUGCCGAACUUCAGGUUCCAUCGUCUGUCCUGCCGACCAGCAGCGGGGGAAUAGAAUUGCCCUCCGAUGCUACGUCGCUGGCCGUAUGGGCCAACCCAGGCCAACCCGGAGCACGACUGGCCCUGGGAGCAAGAAUUCGGGACGCCAACGGGUACACCUUUGAUGCGUUGAUCGGGGAACCCGGCGAACCCGGAUGGCAGAGAGUUGCCGGCGAAAUUGCUCCCCGACCGAGUCGGGGAAACCGGGAACCGACACCAGUAGAGGCUCCUUUCACUUUGGUAAACCUGCAGGUGUUCAGCCGGUUCGGCCUGAACGACCCUGGUGUGGUAUUCCUGGAUGAAUUGAGUGCCAUAACCCCUGGAGGGGAGGUGACAGUCGCCGACUUCCAGUCUCUGUCCGACUGGCAGGUGGUGGAAGACUAUACCCGUCCAGGACUUUACGCCCUGGAAGCCAGCCAGGCCGUGAGCCGCAGUUCGGGGCGCCAAUCAGCGGCCUAUAGCUGGGCACCGGGUGGAAUCAGUCUGCGGGGCCUCCGCCCCGGACCUCCCAAUGCUCCUAUCCCUGCCAUCGUGUCACCUCAGAUCCUGGAACAGGCAGAUGUCGAGGUUGGCGAAGUAAUACACGUGGGCACCUCCAAUUUCGCCUUUCCCAUUCGCCUGGUGGCGGUGGCCGACUACUUUCCGACGGUUGACCCAAGGCAACGAGCCUUCGUGAUACUAGACCUGGAGACACUUAAGUUCUUUGGAGAUCAGCACGGUCGCCGCCCUGGCUCCGGCCCUAACGAGGUGUGGGCCACUGCAAUUGAUGAGGAGGCCGCUCUGGCAAUCUUGUCCGACGCGCUGGACGAUCGGGGAUUACUGAUCGAGGACUGGCUAGUAGCAUCAGACGAGAUAAGCCAACGGGUUGAGCAACCUUUAGCUAACGCCAGUUGGGGAGGGCUCCUGGCCCUGAUGUUCCUGGCCCUGGUGCUGGCCAGCGCAUCCGGCAUCGUCCUGUUUUCCUAUGUUGACACCGGGGAGCGGCGCACCGAAUUUGCGCUGUUGCGCACUCUGGGCUCUUCAGCAGGACAGUUGAACGGGCUGGUUUGGUUCAACCUCCUGCUCAUGGUAGCCUGCGGUGUGGGACUGGGCACCUGGGCCGGCCAGCAAAUUGGAACGACCCUAUUACCGGUGCUGGAAGUUUCGGAAGGAGGCGUUCGGGUCACACCUCCUAUGGUCCUUCAAACCAACUGGAUAACGCUGGCCGUUGCCUACCUGGCCCUGGCAUCAGUAGCAUUGGCCAACGUGGUAUGGCUGGCCUGGUUCACCGCCAGGCUGAAUGUUCAACAGAAUUCGGGCGCCCCAGCAACCACCGGACCGGACGGCCGUGUUACUCCCUACGUGGAAUGCCGGGACCUGUUCAAAAUUUUCAAGCUGGCCGACCUGGAAGUGGUUGCCCUCCGGGGAGUCGACCUGGAAAUCGCCACCGGAGAGGUUACAGCCAUCAUCGGGGCAAGCGGCAGUGGCAAGACGACCCUGCUAAACAUCCUUGCCGGAUUGGAACGACCUUCCGCUGGCCAGAUAAGGGUGGGUGAACGCGACCUGCUCAACAUAUCUGACCGAGAGCUUGUCCUUUACCGCCGCCAGGAAGUUGGGUUCGUCUGGCAGUCCACGUCCCGAAACCUGGUGCCCUAUCUCAAUGUCCGCGACAAUAUUGAGCUGCCCAUGGCCAUUGCCCGGCUUCCGCGCCCGCAACGCCGCCAGCGGAGCCUGGAGUUGCUGGCAGCCAUGAACAUGGAGGACAAGGCCCAGCGGUUUCCAGACCAGCUUUCAGGCGGUGAACAGCAGCGCGUAUCCAUCGGCGUGGCCCUGGCCAACCAUCCGCCUCUCCUCCUGGCCGACGAACCCACCGGCGAACUGGACACCCAAAUGGCAGACGAGCUUUUGGCCUGA